AUAAUGUGUCAAGAGAUUUCGAACAAUUGUUCGGACUACCUUUGAUGCUUGACAUUGCCGCGAAAUGCAUACCUCGAAAUAUUUUCGUGUUGACACGAGCACGGCACGUUUUAAAAGCUUUCUCCGCAAGAAAUGAUCUCUUGAGGCCACCAAUUGCCGCGACUGAACACAUUGAAAACGCUGGUAGAAGUAAAGCAGAGGAAUAUUGAAGGAAUUUCAUCUCUAGAUUGAUUUCCGACAUGCGUGCUUCGGGAGUUCCUCGCCAUUCUCGGACUUCCACGAAGCCGAACGAAAUUCCUCGAGAACUUGGUGUUUGGUGUGAAAAAUGCAACAACCGGCUGGUAGAAUUGAAGAGGCAAGUUAUGAGGAUGAUUUUGCCAGAAAUCCAAGGUGUUUUGCAGAAGGAUCGAAGGCUCAAGAAUAAUGCGGGCUCCCUUUCCGCGAGAAUCUUCGACCAGAUCCGAAUUCCGGAGACUCAGAUGAAAUCAUGGAAAAACGACCAGUGUGAAGUUUGCGCCACAGACUUGAACCAACUGAAACGAGAAGCAGUCGCCAUGGUACACACUCUGGAGGAAUCUCAGUUUCUCGCUUAUUAUAACAUUCCCGGAUACAUGGUGGGACCGAACGCUGACCAGCUCAUAAGGCGGGCGGACAAGCAGCGCCUUCAAGCUGGGGUCGCCAUGGAAACAAACGAUCGAGGUGGCGUAAUGUACGUGAAGCCGGAAGAAGCAGCCAUUAGUUCUUCGUUUUUGUCAAGAGCCGCUCAAAAGUUACUGUCCUCUAAAAAGAAGCACAAAAAGGGACACAGCCACAAACAAGAAGGGCUACCAUACCACCCCACCCCAAUGAUCGAACUGACACCGUCAAGGCAUGCGCACAAGGAGGUUCAACCGUACCCUUUUCCUUCAAACUACAAGGAAGUGCUUCGAAUAUCGAGUCCGGCUGUGCCACCUGGCCUACUUAAGAUGCAUACAAAGAGGACGGAUGGAAAGGUCAAAGUGAUGUUAAGAAUCUGCCCGUCAUUUCCCGGAGAGACUGGGUCCUUUAUGAAGGUGGAUCAGAAACGGAAACAAGUCACACUGUAUGAUCCGAGCACAGUAGGUCACGUGUCACAAACACAUAGGAAGAUGGGUGUGGCUGCGCCAAAGAUGUUUGCAUUCGAUUCGAUAUUUGAGUCGGAUUGCACUCAGGUUGAAGUGUGCUCAGGUUCUUUGGUAGACGUUCUUCAAGCAGUCGUUGGUGGCUCUGAGGGCUGUUUGUUUUCGUACGGCCAUGCUGGAUUAGGUAAAACUAACACCAUGGUUGGUAGAGACGAAAAAGAACAAACUUUGGGGCUGAUCCCUUGUGCUCUGUCGUGGUUAUUUAGACUGAUUAGCGAACAGAAACAAAAAACUGGGACGAGAUUUUCUGUUCGUGUCUCAGCAGUGGAGAUCGUCGGUCGCUCGGAAACCGUUCGGGAUUUGCUCACUGAACAAGCAUCAGGACCAGAAAAUGGCUCCGUAGACCCAAGUCCCAGCGUGUUCCUUCGUGAAGAUCGCAAUGGUGGAGAUCAGGAAAUUAACCCUACCGAGCUUCGAGUAGCUUCUGCUGAAAAAGCAGCCUAUUAUCUGGAUGCGGCUCUGGCCGCGAGAACCAGACCAGUAAAUAACAAAGCUGAAGGCGAAAACACAGAGUGGGAAGAAAGCCUGAAUUCUCACAUGUUUUUCACUGUGCAUAUCUAUCAGUAUCGUGUCGAGAAAAAUUCUAAGAAUGCUGGGGGAGUUCACGGAGGGCGCUCCCGGCUACAUUUGAUCGAUCUCGCCAGCUGUGAAGGGUACACUGGGUCCAAAAAAGAUGGAGGUGCUAGCAGCAUGUCGCUGUCGGGGCUGGGAAACGUCAUCAUUUCUCUCAUAAAUGGCGCCAAGCACGUGCCACACAGGACAAGCAAAAUAACACGCAUGCUCCAAGAGUCUAUCGGAAACACAUCAUGUCGAACGACAAUGAUUGCGCAUGUGUCACCCUCGCUUCCAUUUUACGCUGAAACCCUGGCCACUGUACAACUAGCCACCAGGCUUCACCGUCUGCGAAAGCGAAAGGGAAAGGGAUCGAGUACAAGCUCAUCCGGCGGAGAAAGUUCUUGCGACGAAGCCCGAAUCCGUAAACCAAGACUUCGGACAGCCGAACCGAGGCUUCGGACCACAGCUUUAAACGAGAAACUCCGUGAAGAUUGCCCGAUCGGCGAGCCGGGUAGUUCCGACUACAAUUCGAGCACAGGCGAAGAGUCGUGUGAUACUGUAAUUUACGUGGGUCCCGACGGAGCCAUAAGUGACCGGGACCUCACAGACAACGAAGGCCCACCGACAAGGCUCCCAAUUAGGAAAUCAAGUGUGUCCAGCAGCACAAGGUCCCUAGUGCGGAAACUCGAAGCGAUCGAGAACGGAGAAGCGGAGGAUAACGACGAAGACGUCGGGUUGAAACGUGAGAUCGAAGGCAGCGAGGAUAGCAGUAGUCUUUACGAGGACAGAGGAAAGGAAGAAAUCUUUUCUGAACGAGAAGAAGGAGAAGGAAGGGAAUUUAGCGAGGAAUACACCGAGGAAUCGUGUUACGAAACAGAAAUCGAGGUCAUACCCGAAAGCCGGGCAUCGAGCCGCAAGAGACUUUUAGAAAAAAAAGGAAGUUCUUCCAGUCUUUCGGAUUCAUCGCACAAAGGCUCCGUGAAAAGGAGCAAGAGGCAAGAAAGCGACACUUUUAAGAACCCUGUUGUCAAGGAAAUAUCUGCGAUAACAGCCACAGCCGUCAACACACUGAUCAUUCCAUCUGGAUUGAGUCCCAACUUAGACAUUGAUGAAAGUAUGAAUUCUCGUAACAGCACUGUUGUCAUUCCGGUGCAAAGCUUUCCAGGCGAGGAUGCUAAGCUGAGAACGCGGGUUAUGAGUCCGGAGACAUCAAGUGAGUCUUCGGACGCGGAGAGUAUCGUUAUGGCCAAAGCGCCAUCGUUCUCCUUCUUAACAUGCGAAGCUGUGAACGAAAUCCAAUCGAAAUCGAUGGAGUCGCUCGAUGCUGAGCAGGAUUUGUAUGACUACGAAAUGUCCAGGCAAGAUGGCAUCACACACCAUCAUUUUAACACUGCAAACGUCUCCACGACUUCGCUCGAUUUUGAACGAGAUGUCUGUGAUGACGAAGUUUUGCAUCAUUUCGAGGGUAAGGCUAAUCAAGCAAGUGGCGACACAACUGCAGAACUUAUUGAAAACUGUCAACCUCACUCACCGGUUUCGGACACGCCCGACCUGUGUUACGUCCUUGAGGAGACCCGAGAGGCGAGCUCCGACGAUUUCUCCUACGACGACACCGAACUCGAUUGGGGAAAACAACUCGCCGACGAUGCGAUCAUAGCUGAGGCGUUUUGCGAAGAGGAAGAAUAUGAUAUCGACGUUGAUUCACAUUUAGAAAGAAACUUCACUGGAAGUGAAAAUGAUGUUCUUUUCCCAGAGCUCGAAGAAAGCUUGCAGGAUAUAGACGAAGGAUGCACUGAGCCUGUGGUCGAGAAAGUCGUGCCGCAAAAACAGACCCAUCGGCCGAGUUCGGACGAAAGUUCGGCGGAGUCCGAUACAGAUGCAACACGCAGUUACACGUUCGGAACACCGAUGAAAAUGUUCUACCGCCUCGUUCCUUCACCCCAGUCGUCCUCCACCGAGGAUGAACUCGAGGAUAUUCAAGUGUCGAAGUCUUUUAAAAGUAAAACACUUUCUCCGAUACCAGAAUUUCCGUCGGUUGAGUCCAAUCUGAAUCAGGCUUCGGCGAAUUUUGGGAAAAACCGAGCCAGUUGCAGUUACAGCAUCGUCAGUGUUGAAAUCGACGAUGGGAACACAACUAUUCGUGUGGAAGGAGACAAAGAGAACAUUCCUAUGAAAGACAUCACGAAUACAACUACCAAAGGGGACCUUCGCUCGCUUCUUCAAAAAUUCGUCGCCGAACAACUAAGAGAAUGCGAAGGGGAAAAAUUCUCUUCGCGCUACGCUCGCCCAGCCCCUCAGCAUCCCGAGUAUCGCCGACCGCGCCCGAAGCCAAACCGACGUAUCAUUCCGCUGGCUUCGUGCGAUACUUCGGGUAACGAUAUGCUUCUGCCUCCUCUUGUUCCGCAGAAACGCAUGUGCACUGAAACUGCGAGACUUAUUUCUAGUCCCAAGUUGCGGUAUAAGGGCGAAAAAGAUUAUGACAGCGACUACGCACCUUAUCGCUGCAGAGCGAAGGAUGAGGACGAGUCGAGUGACAGUUCGAUGACGGCUAAGACAGAGCCGUGGUGCACGCCGAGUCGGAGCGCCGCUAGAUCACAUUUUGAUCCGGCAAACCAGAGGCUUUCAUCAUUCUCUGUUGGUAAUGUGAAAACAAGCGUUACUUUUCUUGGAAGCGAGGACGAAAAUAACAAUUUCCACAAAACCAGAAAUCUCGAACAGCCUUGCGUUAUAGAGAAUUGCGAUAUGGAGAACUCGGAUAUUUUUACUUCUUCCUUCUCAGAGAGAAUCUCCCGGAAAGAUAGCGGCAGAGUUGAACACUUUGUCAGAGCAGGAAACAGUCCAACCAGAAGAAGCGACAGAACCUCUAUCAGCUCUGUAUCAAGUUUUGUAAAACUCACAUAUUGUGGCUCGGAGAUGUCAGACGCAGAAUUUGAGAAACCUGAUGAGCCCUCCACCAAAGACAAACAGUCUUCUAAUAUUUUGGUUCCCAAGCCUAAUAACACCAUUUCAAUAACUGUUGAACGACCGAUCAUACAGUGCAUUCCACUUCAGCCCGAGACACCUUAUGCGCCACAGGAACAAUUCAUCGCGCGUUUUCACGACCGCUGCGCACCACCGCGUAUCGUUUACCGAUUAUCUGGUGAGUUCGUGGCGACAAUACCUGGCUGCGAUGCAACCGCGUCCCAACCGCGUCCUAGUGCAGACGGCACUCAGGUUGGAGCGAACCGUCAAUACCGCUUAUCUGGAGAAUUUGUGGCCACGUUUACAACGAGUGCAGAAACACAAAACGCAUCAACUCUGGCGCUGAUGUCAUCUAGCACGGAGGAUGGUAAUAACAGCAUUAGAACAGAAAGCACAGACGUGGUUUGGGUAGCCAAUGAGCCCGUGGUAUCAACUGGAGAUCUGACAGCAGACGAAAUGCCAGCGCCCUCAACACCUGUUGCAGUAGGAUCGAGGAACGAAAAGACAAGGAGGUUUAAAUUUUUCGGACGAGACCGCAGUAGCUACAGCAGCGGUCACGCUAGCGACAGUAGCAUUGGAGAUUCCCCAGGACCUCGCGGACGAAGUCGGUCGCUGAAGAGACUCAAGUCGUUAUCUUCUCGAUCCGAUGCAGCCAGCAGCAGUGGCUACGAGAGCAUGCGCAACGAUGCAAGUCACGCCUCAAGUGACAGUUGCAGUGAAAAAGGUCUGAGUCGUGGGAAACGAAAAGGUAGAAGUCGUUCUGCUUCCCCAGGAUCCAGUGCACGAAAAUAUUCUCCUAGGCGUUGGUUUUCGAGGAAGUCAUUGGAGCCGGUUCAGAUCAAGGUUUACGAAGUCGAUGACAUCGAAAAAUUACAACAAGCUAUGGAACCUAACUUUCAGUGGAAAGAUUCUGAACAGAGAAAAACCCGCAUUGCAUCCCUGAGACAGAGACAGCGACAUUUGAAGGAAGAAUUCUCAGCGGCCAAGAAUCGAUUGCUCGAUGAACACCAGAGAUGGAGCUUUGGACUGAGAGCCGAGAAAGAACUCAAUUGGGAGGAUCCACGUUUUAUAGAUGCGUUAGAAGUGGAAAACAAUAACCUCCAGAAGCGAAUUACAGACUGCAAGUCAAGUAUCAUGAUGGUGACGUCAUUCGAUAAACGGACCACUCAAGUGUGAAACUGUUGACGUCAUCAAGACAUUUUGUAUUGUAUAAUGAUAUAAGCGUGUAUUUUAUAGUAUGUUUUAACUUGGAUCCACCAUCGUUUGGUUAGGAAAAACAUUUGGCCGGCGUAGUUACUAUUCCCAAUGGAAACUAGUUUCAUAUCUCUCACCUAAGUAUCGACAAGAUCACACAAAAAGAAUGCCAGCAUUGUCAUAAUUUUCUAGAGAUAUUUUCAUUAUCAAAGAGCUAAGUUAUUUUAUAUUUCUUUGUUAGCCUUAUUACGGUAUUUAUACAUUUCAAACAGAAGUAUAUUUUUAACAUUUAUGUGAAAGUAAUAUUAUAAUUUUUCCCUAUAGAGAGAACGUUUAUUGACAAGUCAGAGAACUCCGUUUGUUUGGUAGUUCAUGCGUUAAUGAUUUCAGACUCUUCAAAGUCAGCAGAAUACAAUGUUGGCCAUUUACUUGCAACAAAAGACAUUUUGGUACCGCCAAAAAAGAAAUUUGCAAAAUCCCGGGGCGAAAGAUUUACCUGAAAACAGAAAUAUUGAAAAAUUGUUUUACUCGCAUCAGUCUUGGAGAUAAAUGGCUUUUUCCAGUUGAAAAUAAACCUCGUUUUAUCGCAUAGCAGCCAUAUAGGUACUUUGUAAUGUUGGAUUGCAGCGGCACGCGUGAUUGCUUUGUUGUCAGUGUGUUACAAAGGGCUUAUCUCAGCCAGACGUACGUUAAUAAACUCUACUUGUUAAGAGAAAGUUCGACAAACGACCGCUUUUCAAUUUUUAAAUAUUAUUUACGAAUAAGGAUCAAGUUGACGAAAGGGAAGAAUACUUAAAGAUUUUGGUGAAUUUCAUAGAUAUAAACAAUAGUUUCGAAAUGUACCUUGGUUUACGAGUAACGAUUCCACGAAGUGUAAAUUAAUAUACUGUAAGCCUGAAUAAACUCGAAUGUAUUUAAAAAUGUAGAGUCGAUCUUAAGUGCAAGGAGGAUCGUUCAAAAUGAGCGACCUUAAUGUAGAAAGGUAAUUUAACAUUAGAUGAACUACUAUUUAGGCUUUUUCAGGACGAUCUUUAAAUGGAAAACUGAGGUAAUUUCUCUUUACAAAGCUCCAGCUGGAAAGAUUUUUUAAACUUUCCAACCUGUCAAAUAAAUGGGUGUAAUUACAAAAAUUUGUAAUUUUUACCCAUACACGUCCUCCGGAGUUUAUAAAAAUAUAUUGUGUACGGUUUUGGUAUGUGAAUAAAAUCGAAUUUUAAAAUAAAGGUA